UCUUCCUUAUCGUCUUCAUCGCAUCACUUGAGCUGCCAGGUGCCAGCGUCACUCAGCUGAGCUAUGGCUUCUCUCCGCCUCCGCCACCUCUCUCCCUCCGGCGCCACUGCACCACCCUCCUCCUUCGCCCAACUCCGCCGCCCUUCCUCCUGCCUCGCCGGACCACGACCUCUCCGCUCUCGUCUCACCCGGGUGUAUGCGCUGUCCAGCAACGACAUCAGGGUGGGCUCCAACCUCGAGGUCGACGGAGCUCCCUGGAAGGUUAUUGAAUUUCUCCAUGUCAAGCCUGGAAAAGGUGCUGCUUUUGUAAGGACAAAAAUGCGUAAUUAUAUCACUGGCAACACAGUUGACAAAACCUUUCGAGCUGGAAGUACGAUCCCAGAGGCAUCCAUUUCAAAGGAAACUAAGCAAUUUACCUACAAGGAUGGAGCCCAGUUUGUGUUCAUGGAUCUGACUACCUUUGAAGAAAGUCGCUUAAAUGAGUCAGAUGUUGGCGACAGGCAGAAAUGGUUGAAAGAAGGAAUGGACUGCAAUUUGUUAUACUGGAAUGGACGGAUCAUUGAUUUUGAUCUCCCCAUCACCGUUAGGCUGACUGUAACUGAUACUGACCCAGGGCAAGGUGACAGUGCACAAGGAGGAACAAAACCAGCAACCGUGGAAACAGGAGCUGUUGUCACAGUGCCCUCGUUUGUGAACGUAGGCGAUGAUAUCCUGAUUGAUUCAAGAACUGGCCAGUAUAUGAACAGAGCAUAGAAGAGAUGAGAGACUAGACAUCAACAGAGCAUUAGUUUUUGUCUCCGCAUUUUUGGCCCAUUCCCUCACCUCACCCAGGCUUGACUGUAUUGUUUACAGCAUUUGAACCCUCGACAGGAUCAAAAUGCUUUCUCAAAUUUUUGUACUGCAUAUGUGCGUACAUAUUUCACCAGAGCAGAUGAUUAAUGAGACAAACACAUUGUAAGAUCCAUCAUCCAUCUCAUGGCAUUUUCACAUGUCUGCA